UCGCGAUCUCGCGAGAGGUGCUGAGGGGGCGGCCGACGGUGUGUCUGCCCUCCCGCUCCCCGCCCCGCCCCCGCCUCCGACGCGGCCUCCCUCUGCCCGGGCGUCCCCGCCACCACUGCCGCCCCUCCCCGACUCCGGGAGCGGCCGCGGAGCCGCCGCCGCCCAGACCGCGCAGCGCGGGAGGCGGGAUCCGCACGAAAUAAAUCAGAAUGAGUUAUGCAGAAAAACCCGAUGAAAUCACAAAAGAUGAGUGGAUGGAAAAGCUCAAUAACUUACAUGUCCAGAGAGCAGACAUGAAUCGUCUCAUCAUGAACUACCUGGUCACAGAGGGUUUUAAGGAAGCAGCGGAGAAGUUUCGAAUGGAAUCUGGGAUUGAACCUAGCGUGGAUCUGGAAACACUUGACGAGAGGAUCAAGAUUCGGGAGAUGAUCCUGAAAGGCCAGAUUCAGGAGGCCAUUGCGUCCAUCAACAGCCUCCAUCCAGAGCUCCUGGACACAAACCGGUACCUUUACUUCCACUUACAGCAGCAUUUGAUUGAGCUGAUCCGCCAGCGGGAGACAGAGGCGGCGCUGGAGUUCGCGCAGACGCAGCUGGCGGAGCAGGGCGAGGAGAGCAGGGAGUGCCUGACGGAGAUGGAGCGCACGCUGGCGCUGCUGGCCUUCGACAGCCCCGAGGAGUCGCCCUUCGGAGACCUGCUGCACAUGAUGCAGAGGCAGAAGGUGUGGAGUGAAGUUAACCAAGCUGUCCUAGAUUAUGAAAACCGAGAGUCAACACCCAAGCUGGCAAAAUUACUGAAACUACUACUUUGGGCUCAGAAUGAGCUGGACCAGAAGAAAGUAAAAUAUCCCAAAAUGACAGACCUCAGCAAGGGUGUGAUCGAGGAGCCCAAGUAGAGCCUACACGGGGGUCCUCCGCACUGUCCCCGCGGCACAGGACUUGCCUCCGCUCCGUCUGCGACUGGAAGAUUUUUACUGCAGUUCUCUUUCUUCCCCCUUGUACUUUUCUUUUGACCCAGCAUCUUUUUUAAAGGGAAAAAUGGCCUUUUUAAGUGCUGGAAAACUCGCAAUGAAACGCUGUCUCUUUGGAAGUCUGCCGCAGACUCUGCGGUCCACGCUCAAGCGUUGACAAGUAGCAGUUUGCUUUUCCAGAGCUCCUGGGACCUUGGCUGCUGGAGGAUUUGGUUUGCCCUGGAGCGCUGCGUUGUUGCGAACAGCAGUUAGACUUCAGGCCUCCCACUGAAAAUGCGUGAGACCUUGCUUUCUCGUGGCAGACAGUACGUCUUCUCACUUCUCCUGAGUCUUGUCAGGCCUUCAUCUACAAGUUUUUCCUUUCCCUUGGCUUUUUGUUUUUUCAUAGGAAAGAAUCUAUAAAUUUGUAAAUGCUAAUUCAAAGAUGACUUGCGUGUGAGGGUUUUGCGUUUGAUUUGUUUUCCCUUUUGGUCUGGGUUGUGUGGCUUUGGGGAGGUGUGUGUGUGAGAGGGCGGGGCUGUGUGUUUUUUAAUUUUUUAAAUAUAUAUUUUGGUGCUGUAUGUGGUGAGAGACUCCUUCAUAGUGGGUCAGUGACCCUUCUCUUCUUAGGCAGUUUUGUUGAAAAUAAAGGUUUCUCUUUGAUUUCAAGAAUGAC